UUCGAAUGUUUAACAACAAAAUAAAUGUAAACAUUUUUGUCAUUAAUUAAUUCUUUGUAAUUUUGUGAUUUUGAGAGAGUUAAUUUGAGAAUGGUCAUGCAAUCCAAAGAGUUGAUCUUAUCAAGGGAUGCACAGGCCAAAAAUAUCAUAAUGCGAGCAUGGAGGGAACGUUGGACGGUGAUGCAAUGGGGGAUCAACGUUCGAACGUUGGUGGAUUCGAAAUCGGAUGGCUCAUUCAUCGCCAACUGUAUCUUGCAGCAAGCUCUAGGCGGCCCAGGUCCAAAUUCGCUGGUUUUGUCAUAUUUGAUGCACUCGAUUUAUUCACAGCUAAUUUCUUCUUGUGCUGUUCUGAAGAGUGUCUGUAAAUAUGAUGGAUUUCACAAGCCAUACUGCGUUGCAAGUUUAUUGGACUUAUUGAAUAAUAUCAAGGAGAGAGUGAUCUUAAAUGAAAAUGAGGAUCUCGAGCAAUGCAUGGAGUUGUCUCAGUCACUGGCUCUAACGACCCAUUGGCUCCUCACCUGCAUGUAUUCAUCACUUGAAAAUCUAUCUGACUUGUCAAUUAACGACUUUCCAGUGGAUGUUGAAGAUUCCAAGAUUGUUAUCAAAUGCCGAAAACUACUCGAGUAUUUCUUAACUAAUCCAUUUAUUAGUGGGCUGAUAAACUGUGCUGUACUAGAAAAUGAUGAAAUGUUUCAAAAUAUUAAGAAAAUGUCUGGAGAAAUUGCAAAGUUUGCAGACGGGCAUCAUCAUCAAGAUAUUGCUUUUAUAACAGGGCUUAUUGAGCAAAUUGGUGAACGACGAGGGGACUGUAUUUCUUCUCGGAGCAUUCUUACUCUUAGCCGAUCUAUUGAUGGAAGACAAACUUUAAUUGGUAGUCCAUCAAUUCUCACGACGAUAAUCUCGGCUGCACUGUUCCGUUCCUCUGAAAACGUUGCAGAUAUUGCCAACGAAUUGCAAAUAAUUAAAAAUCUUAGGGGGUUAACAAACGUUGAGCUGUUCAACGAAAUUAUGCAUGCUGCUGUAGUUUCUUUGGUCGAUUGCUUAGGAAAGCCAAAUGAACUUCAAAUUCUAGGAUUUGUAUUUCUUGUUUUACCAUCAUUGUUAAAGUCCCUCGUAUUGAUUUUGGAUGCGUCAAAUGAUGACUUUUGCAAUGGACUGUGUCUUUUUCUGGACAAUGAUUCGGUUUUGAGCAUUACAGACACGAAACUUGCAUGUUAUACACUUGAUAUUUUUUUGGUCAGUUUCCAAAAACUUAAUAUCAUCUCAGACGGAGACAGAAAACAAAUACUGGAAAAAAAACCAAGGCGUAGCCUCCAAACCGACCAUAGUUCCAACAACGCUGUACUAUUACUUGAAACUGAGAAAACUCUACAGCAUAUUUUUAAUGCUUUGGACGGUGUGAGCGAUUUUGAAAAAAACAAGGAUGCUAUUCUUGGAACCUUGUACGAUGUGAUUUGCAAUAACUUCGAAUUUGUUCUUACAACAACAUCUUGUACAAACAAGUUGAAACAGCUUUCUUCAAAACUAUUAAAACUUAAUCAAUACAGCCUUCAAGCGGUUGGAGAAAACGGAAAAACUUCAGCAACAAGAGCAAUGAUAUUUGAUAUUACGUUCUUGAUGCUAUGUAGUAUUGGUCAGACCUAUGGAGUCGAGGCUCUAGCGUCAGACGAGUCGGAUUAUUUUUUUGUAGAAUGGUAUAAUGAGUGUAUGGUUGAAAACAACUCUGUUAAGAACCCUGAUGCAAUUCUUAACCGUUGUAAUCAAAACAAGGUGGAAAUUCUCAUUAACACGUUUCUACAAGGCGAGUCUGAAUUAAAAACCAGCUUGGUAUUUUGGAACGAGUUGUGCACAAAUGUUGUUGGUGUAAUUCGGGAUAUGGUUUUCGCAUGGGAAGCAGAAUCUGCCAAUUUUGCUGACGUAAAGAAGGUGCUCGAUGUCAUUCGUUCCAAAGUGUGUUCAUUGCCAAUAUGCAUCUCUGCUUGGUUGUGUUCAUAUAUACAGAUGAGUCCUGAAAAUCAGUCGGGAAAGGCACGAUACAUUUUAAACCACUUCCUCUCGAACCUCAAUGUCUCAAACGAUGAAGAACAUUUCCAAGAACGGUUUGCUGUCAUGAACAAGGUAAUUUCCAAAAUGAUUAACUGUGUGCAACCAACGUCAGGAGCAUCGUCACCCAUUUCCACUGGAAAUUGCACAAUAGAAAGCAAACCAAUGUCAGACUUAUACAAGAAGUGUUUCUCAUCAAUGCAGUCUAGAGGACUAAUUGAUAUUGACACAAUGAUAUCAUUACAAAGUUUACUUGAUCUGAAUGGUUUACAUUAUUUUGUUCAAGGGUUAAUAACGGAAAUGAUGGAGAAUCAAUCACCAGCAGAUCUACUACAGUGGUGUGAUAUGCUAUAUGGCCUUUUCAAAAAUAAUCUAUUCGAGUGUACGGCAGCAUUAUUGGGUGUUGUUAUUCCAUCUUUACUUCAUUAUUGGGACAGAGACUCUAAUUUUGUGGAACCACAAAUUCUGGCUCUCGUGUCGUUGACGGUGGAUUGCAUCCUUUCAUGCUAUUUACAAGGCGAAACAAUAAAAACCUUAGAAGACAGUGAUGACGAGCCAUCAUUGUGUAAACGUAGGAAAAUCUCUGACCCAAAGGAUAGUAAGAAAAUGGAGACGUUAGAAAACCUAAAAUAUAUGCUCAGAGAAUUAUAUGAAGAGCUUGACAAAAUUCUCAAAGCUACAUCAGAUGCCAGACCACAAGGAAUAUUUGUGCUAAGAUUCUUGGAGCAGCUAUCUAUAAAAGCAUCAGACCCAACUAUAUUUUCUUCACUGCCUCACAGCGUUAUAACCAAUUUGAUGUCGCUGAUGAGUGAUGAUAUCAAUCCACAGAUGCUUUUGGGCUGGCAUUCAUUGAAUGAGAAGACAGGAAGAGCUAAUUGCAUUCUAACCAUUUGCAAUCUAAUGAAAAUGCAAAACGUUAAUAGACAUUGUUGUGAUUCGUCGUCAGACUAAUUAUAUUUAUCUUAUUUUAUUUAAUGUAUUUUUGGUACUUCUCUCUGAAUAUUCUAAUAUUAAUAAAAUAAACCAAGAAAGUCAUGUCAUGAU